AUGCGACCACUUCCCGCGCGCCGCAACCCGCAGCUACAUGGCAAGAAUUGUCCGGAUUAUGAAGACCUCGUCGCGCGCCGCCGUCUAGGUAGGACGAACCUCGCUGUCGCCCCAGCGAAAAUCGGCUCUACGAAUGCGACUAUGCCCUCGAACCUGGGACCGUUCGAGUAUGCACAUCUCAGAGCGCCUCUUCCGGCUGAUCUGAAGGGCUCUGAGAUCUUUCCGCCGAAGCAGCAUCACAUUGACUCCUAUUUCCUCAUGCGACGGAGUCGUGAUGGCCAUAUAAGCGCGUCGGGAAUGUUCAAGAUUGCCUUCCCCUGGGCUAAGCAUUCGGAAGAGCUGGAAGAGCGCGACUACCUUCGGACGCGUCCCGAAACCAGUGAAGAUGAGAUCGCUGGAAAUGUUUGGAUUUCACCAGAACUAGCUCUGGAGCUAGCACGGGAGUAUGAUAUCGUGAUGUGGGUUCGCGCCCUUUUAGACCCAGCAGACAUCCUAGAGCGAGGAGACAGUUCAGCAGCAGACACAGAGGCGAUUCCGGAACCUCCCAAGUUUGAUCUGCCGCCACUUGACACUCCUCUUCUCGCUCCACCAGAGUCAGAGACCACUCGUGGCAGGGCCAGACGGUCAGCUUCACCAUCCAAAUCUGCCUCAGGCCGGAAAAUUGCCAUCCCACGCAAGUCGCGUCGAGCGCAAAAGGAGUCAAGUGCCAAUGCUAGCACGUCACUUCAAACUAGCUUGGAGGCAGCUGCCGCUUCACCCGCUCCUGAGAAGCCCGGAGAUGAAGAACAAGCGACUCCCAAGGUGAACGGCCAUGACGAAGAUGCAGGAGAGGAAACUAAUCUUGUCAAGAGGCCUAAGGAUCGUGUGACUGUAGAAGUCGAGUCGAAAGUGGACUCCGUAGGAGAAACGGAAACCACAACCACUAAUGUCACCGUUCAGAUGCCCGUUGGUCUUGCCGACUUGCCUAUGCCAGAAAACACCGAGAAGAUGCUGGAAACUGCCAAGGAGAUGGUCGAAGAAGCUACCAAGCUCCAGGACCAGGAUGGGGAGGCUGAAGAACAGGCUGGAUCUCCUUCACCUAAGAAAAUAUCUAGGAAGCGAAAGGCUGAAGAGUUGGUGGUAGAAGAGGAUAAGGAAGAAACCGAAGAUCCCCAUGCAUUGAAGAGGGCUAAGAUACUCGAAGAUAAGCUCAGAAAUGAGAGAGUACGGAACCGUGCUCUAUUCGGUGUCACUGCCACCCUUGCCAUGGCAUUGGAAUUGGCACUGUGUUGCACUUGA